GUCACAUGACACACAGGACGAUGUUUCUGAGGGCCGUGCAGCGGGCAUGUGCGGGUGGUGUGUACCGGCUGGGCGCCCGAGGGGCGGCAUAUCAGGCUGCCGACAGGGGGGUCCCUGCUCAUCGAAGGCUGGGCCCCCCUGGUAUGUGCCAUGUAUGUGUGCUGACCUCAGGGUGGAGGGAUGGGUCCUAUAAGAGCAGCGCACGUCCUCCCUUCCUGGUCCUGAGCGCAGCAGCAUUUUCUCUCUUCUCUAAACUCGUGGAGGACAAUGAUGAAGGACUGACACCAGCAGAGGAAAAUAUCAUUUAUCAUUUGAAGAAAGCCAAGCUUAAUAUUAUGAAAGGUGAAAUGGAAGAAGCGGAGGAGAUUUUACACAAGACUCUUCGUCUGGCACAUGAAUGUAAAAGCAAACGGGCCAUAAUUUACACUUAUGAUCUGAUGGCAAACCUGGCGUUCCUGAGAGGACAGUAUGACAAUGCAGAAAAGUUAUUUAAGACCACCUUGGUUUACAUGAUGGAUGGAGGAGCGAAACAGGAUGAAAAUUCAUUUAUUGAGAUUUCACUGAAACUGGCCAGUAUCUACGCUGCCCUCAACCAGAAAGAUUUGGCGCUAGAAGGAUUCCAGUUCUGCAUCAUAAGCCUGAAUGAAAAGAUUGAGAAGGAAAAAGAUUUGCCUGAGGAGAUCCUGACAGCAGAAGAAAAGACAAACACGCGGCUUCUUCUGGGCUUGAGUCUGGAUUCUUAUGCACGUUACCUAGUAGCCAACUCACAGAUCUUGCAUGCCCAGACCAUGUAUGAGAGAGCCCUACAGAUCUGCAAAGAGGAACAAGGAGAGCUGCACCCACAGACUGUGAAUUUACUCAGUGACCUGGCUACAGUGCUGGAAGCUCAGGGCCGCUUUGAUGAAGCUUAUACGUAUAUAAAGCAAGCGCAUGAAAUAGCAGAAAAGACUGAGCACCCAAAUCAGCAUGUGAUACUUGGUAAUAUGGCAACGAUCCUGUUACAUCAAGAGAACUUGGUGGAUGCAGAGAAGCUCUUUAAUGAGGCAUUAGCAAAAGCAGAAGAAAAGAAGGAUCUGGGGUCCAUUUACUACAUCCGGGAAGGGCUCUCAGAACUAACUAGGAGGAAGAAGAAUCAGGAACAGAACCUGUGACUUGGACACAAUUAUAAAUUAUUCUUCCAUUAUUUUAUCUGUUCACAAUGUUUGGAAAUAUGAGAUUUAUGUAAUAUAUAUAUAAUAAAUAUAUUUACCGUAUUUUUUGCUUUAUAAGAAUAUAAAAAAUAUUUUUCCUCAGAUCAGACCCCCAUAAAUAUCAGGACA